AGGAUAUUUUUUUUUUUUUUUUUUUUAAUAGCCUUCAACUUUUUAAAUAAUCAUUUUGGCUACUUAACCCCCUACUCUAAUGUUUUCUCGGAUUGCUUCAAACACAGCAAAGCGUUCAGUUCGCCAAUUUGCUAAGAACACCACCCAGGCCAGAUUCGCCUCUACCAAGCCUACCGUUGCAUCUAACCCUUUGCAAUUCGGUCUUGUGACAGCAUCUAUUGUUGGCGCCACUGCUGGUGCUUACAUGUAUGCCGAUGUCUCUGCCAACAUGGCUGAUGAAGGUCUUCAUCCUCCUACUCAUCCUUGGCCCCAUACCGGUCCUCUCGAUACUUUUGAUCAUGCCUCUAUCCGUCGUGGUUAUCAAGUUUACAGAGAGGUUUGUUCAGCCUGUCAUUCUCUUGACCGUAUCGCUUGGAGAAACUUGAUUGGUGUCUCUCACUCUGAGGACGAAGUCAAGGCUAUGGCUGAAGAGUUCGAGUACCAAGAUGGACCUGAUGAGCAAGGUGAGAUGUUUAUGAGACCAGGCAAGACCGCUGAUUAUAUGCCCAAGGCCUAUCCCAAUGAUGAAGCUGCUCGUGCUGCUAACGGUGGUGCUCUUCCCCCAGAUCUCUCCUUGAUCUGUAAGGCCCGUCAUGGUGGAGAGGACUACGUUUUUGCUCUUCUUACAGGUUAUGUUGAUGCUCCCGGAGGUGUUGAAGUUCGUGAAGGUUUGAACUAUAACCCUUAUUUCCCCGGUGGAGCUAUUGCUAUGGCUCGUACUCUCUUUGACGGUGUUGUUGAGUAUGAGGAUGGUACUCCUGCCACUACCUCUCAAAUGGCCAAGGAUGUUUCCACUUUCCUUGCCUGGACUUCUGAACCUGAACACGAUGAUCGUAAGAAGAUGGGUAUGAAGGCUACUGUUAUCUUGGUUGGUUUGACUGUCUUGUCCAUCUACAUGAAGAGAUUCAAGUGGGCUCCUAUCAAGACCAGAAAGAUCGUUUACAACCCUCCUAAAUAAAGAACUCUCUCUAGUAUACACCUUAUUUUUUAUAAAAAAAAAAGAAAAAAAAAAAGAAAGCCCAUCCUAUAUUAUAAAAGGGUUUACCUUUGUUUACUUUCAUUAUUACGGUUAUUUCUUGUGUCACUUGGUUCACCAACUUGGUCAUAUUGCCAGUUGACAACGGCC